AUGCUCAGGACUCCGGAGCCGCGAUCGGAAGAGGCGGGAACGGCCGGCUGCAGCCCCGCGCCCGCGCCGCCCACCCAGUCCAAGCCGCUCACCUCGUUUCUCAUCCAAGACAUCCUGCGGGACGGCGCCGAGCGGCUGCCCCCUGCUCCGCCGCCCCCGCGCCAGCCGGAGCCGAGGCGCGACCCGGAGCUGGCGCCCGAGCCCGAGGGAGGAAGAGGCCUCGCCCGGGAGCCCGAGGGCGAGCUGGGCACCCGGCCCCGCACCGCGUCGGGGGACGCGGCAACACCGGAGACCCAGCCAGAUAGGCACUUUGAGACUUAUCUAUCAGACUGUGAAAACACUCCAGGCGCCCUCCCAAGCCUUCCCCAGGCCCCCAAGCCUCCACAGAAGCGCUCCCGAGCUGCCUUCUCCCACACUCAGGUCAUUGAAUUAGAGAGGAAGUUCAGCCACCAGAAGUACCUGUCAGCCCCUGAGAGGGCUCACCUGGCCAAGAACCUCAAGCUCACGGAAACACAAGUGAAAAUAUGGUUCCAGAACAGACGGUAUAAGACCAAGCGAAAGCAGCUCACCUCGGACUUGGGAGACCUGGAGAAGCAUUCCUCUUUGCCCGCACUGAAAGAGGAGGGCUUCUCCCGAGCGUCCCUCAUCUCCAUGUACAACAGCUACCCCUACUACCCCUACCUUUACUGCUUGGGGAGCUGGAGCCCAGCUUUCUGGUAAUGCCAGCUCAGGUGUGAUCAAAAACUGCCUCCCCCAGGUGGUGUCUCUGGAAGGCCUCGGGGCCAAGGUAAGAGAGAACUGGGGAGCAAGAAGCACACAGACCAAAACUGUUGGAAGUUUCCAUGGAAAUCCCAGAUUCUUCACUGGUGGGCAGUGAAAGAUCUGGGACCAUGAGAAAGUUAAUAGCUGAAUAGUUCCCCAACUCAUAAUGUAGGUCAUUUUUGCUUUUAGAGAUCUGCUUGAAAUGGGGUGGGACAAAGUCAAGGCUGCUUCCAGCACUUUUAUGAUUUUUGUAUCCACAUCAUGAGCUGUCCACAUGACUGCUGAGGAUUCCCUACCCACAACUCCAGCCUCCUGUGUGACAGGGAAUGGGCUCUACAAGAGCAAACCUGAUGGGAUAGGGGACCUAUCCAGAUGAGGAGGUCACCUACUGAACUGAAGUUCAAAAGCCUCUCGUUGCCCUUGGAGUAUGAUCAAGGUUUCGCUCCAUCCCCCUAAGAACAGGGAAAUGUAGGGGUCCUACAGAGAAACACAUCAAGCAACAGCACGGAUUGGAGUGGGAUAUGGAGAUGAGUAGGAGGAGAGGAAAAUAUAAGCUUCUUUUUAUUUCUUUUUAAAUAGUACACCAAUGUAAGUAUUUACAGGGUGGCCCAAGUAGAACAAGAUGCACUCACAGUGGUUUUAAGACAAGCUGUGUAAACAGAGCUCUGCUGCAAAGGGUGGGCCUGUGCCAGAAGAAUCUCCACAUGUCGUUGUCCUGGGCCUAAGGAGGAGUUUCUGUACUGAUGCGGGAAAGAAAGGAUCAGUGUAUUUUUUUAAUUAUUAUUAGAAAAGGUUGAUAAGCUUCUUCUGGACCAUUUUGCUCUGGGUCUGAGAAUUUAGAAUCAGAAGAUUCCUGGAGUUCUCAGGCUAUAAUUCAUAUGACACCGUGACAGAGCACAUAAUUCUUUACUAUAAGCUCCUUCCUUCCCUCUCUUUAUUUUUUGUUCCUUUUUUACAGCAAUCCCCCACCGAAGGGCUUUUUCACUCCAGACUUUCACUCCAGUCUGGCUGCCCCUAACAUACACCUUCCUUAUUUAGCCUGAGAUCUGGUCUAUUUUUUUCCCCCAAUGCUUUAUCUCUCUUAGAUUAAAAAAAAGGGGGGGGGAGUUGAUUCUGAUUUGGCUUUUUUGACAUGCAUUAUUCCUUUAAAAAUAUAUACACAUAUAAAUCCCAAAUUCUAUUUAAAGACUUGACAGCUCUAGAAGGUCACUGCUGUUUUUGUAGGACUUUGUGGUGACUCUGUUGUUACUGUUCAAAGCCUGACAAGCUUGUGGGGUCCCUGCAGGCAGAGGAAGUAAGAGGUAUCAGAGAAGGACACAGGGCAGGCCGAAGGGUCAGGUCCUGGGGAGCUGUGUCAUGAAACAGAGGGAGGGUUCAUGUUCAGGGAUGGCUGUAGAGGCAAUCUGGAUAUAGAAAGCCCAGCUGAAAGAGCUGACGGCAGGAAGAGGCUAGGAAAAAGCAGUGUUCAAAAUACAACAUGAUAAUGGGUUCCAUCAUCAAACAGAGAAACUGUCCAAAUUCUUCAGGGACUGCUUAAUGCUUAUUAAAAAAUAGCAUCCCCCAAAAUGAGUCACCUGGUGACUUCAGAAACAGUAAGCAGAGGGCCAAGGAGAAAUUUGACCACCGCUCUAUUUUCAUCUUUGUUAGCUCAGGUGGCCUGCUACUCGGGGAAGACAUGGAAUUCAAAGAGCCAGGUAAUAAUGAUGUCCCAUGAGGCCUGGAAAUUCCUUCACCCCACUACUUAAUUCUGAUUAAUAAGAAGUCUUUCAAUUUCCUCCUAUUAAAAGGGCCAAUUUAUUUUUGGGGGCAAAACUGCCAAAGCUGAUAGAAAGUUGGCCCAUUUUACCCCAUUUUCUAUCACUUGGGAUCCACGCUGAAAUAUUAUUCAACGCCAAUUGCUGCUGACACAUGCACAGGGUGGAGCUGCCCAAGCUGCUUUCUCCUUUUUCUGUGUCUUUUAAGGAAGCAUUUGGCUCUCACUCUCUACUAAGUACCCUUGUUCUGCCAACUCCCUGAAUUUUAUUCUUUCAGCCUGCAUUCUGCAAGUAUGAGACAUUUGACUGUGAUGUAUAUUGUGUUGCAAAAACAAAAGCCUUUGUUUAAAAUUCAUUUGGUUUGUGACCCACCUUGCUCUUCCCCUGUUGGAACUAGUCACUCAUCCAUAUCUGAGCUGGUAGAACACUUGAAGAGGUGGUGUGUGGGUGUCUGAAAGAUGGAAGGGGGUGCUCUUGACCACUCCCCCAACAGCCUAUUUCUGUUUUGAUAAAUUCAUUUGGGUUCUCCAUGUGCAUAACAAACUCUGCCCCCAUCUGCAACAUAAAAGCCUGUGACUUGAAGUUUAGCAAAGGAACUCAACCAAACUUUAUUUUUCUAAGUAUUUUUGGCAAUGUUUGAGUGUUUUUAAAAUAAAG